ACCGCCCGGCCUGCACUGCGGUGUUUCCCGCGCGGGUUACCCCAGUUCCCCGGCGUACGGCGCGGCCUUUAGUACCGCCGCCGGCGCCGCCGCCGUCAUGGGUUUCCUGAAACUGAUUGAGAUCGAGAACUUUAAGUCGUAUAAGGGUCGACAGAUUAUCGGACCAUUUCAGAGGUUCACCGCCAUCAUUGGACCCAAUGGCUCUGGGAAGUCAAAUCUCAUGGAUGCCAUCAGCUUUGUGUUGGGAGAAAAAACCAGCAACCUGCGGGUAAAGACCCUGAGGGACCUGAUCCAUGGAGCUCCUGUGGGCAAGCCAGCUGCCAAUCGGGCCUUUGUCAGCAUGGUCUACUCUGAGGAGGGUGCUGAGGAUCGCACAUUUGCCCGUGUCAUUGUUGGAGGUUCCUCUGAGUAUAAGAUCAACAACAAAGUGGUCCAGCUACAUGAAUACAGCGAGGAAUUAGAGAAACUGGGCAUUCUUAUCAAAGCUCGUAACUUCCUCGUCUUUCAGGGUGCUGUGGAAUCUAUUGCCAUGAAGAACCCCAAAGAGAGAACAGCUCUGUUUGAAGAGAUAAGUCGCUCUGGGGAGCUGGCCCAGGAGUAUGACAAGAGAAAGAAGGAAAUGGUGAAGGCUGAGGAGGACACUCAGUUUAAUUAUCACCGCAAAAAAAACAUCGCAGCUGAACGCAAGGAGGCUAAACAGGAGAAAGAAGAGGCUGAUCGCUACCAGCGCCUGAAGGAUGAAGUAGUACGAGCUCAGGUACAACUGCAGCUUUUUAAACUUUACCAUAAUGAGGUGGAAAUCGAGAAGCUCAAUAAGGAACUGGCCUCUAAGAACAAGGAGAUCGAGAAGGACAAGAAGCGAAUGGACAAAGUAGAGGAUGAGCUGAAGGAGAAGAAGAAGGAGCUGGGCAAAAUGAUGCGAGAGCAGCAGCAGAUUGAGAAAGAGAUCAAGGAGAAGGACUCAGAGCUGAACCAGAAGCGGCCUCAGUACAUCAAAGCCAAAGAAAAUACCUCCCACAAAAUCAAGAAGCUGGAAGCAGCCAAGAAGUCCCUACAGAAUGCUCAGAAACAUUACAAGAAGCGUAAAGGUGAUAUGGAUGAACUGGAAAAGGAGAUGCUGUCGGUAGAAAAAGCCCGACAGGAGUUUGAGGAGCGGAUGGAAGAGGAGAGUCAGAGUCAGGGUAGAGACUUGACUUUGGAGGAGAAUCAAGUGAAGAAAUACCAUCGGUUGAAAGAAGAAGCCAGCAAGAGAGCAGCUACCCUGGCCCAGGAACUGGAAAAGUUUAAUCGAGACCAGAAAGCAGAUCAGGACCGGCUGGAUCUGGAAGAGCGGAAGAAAGUAGAGACAGAGGCGAAAAUCAAGCAAAAACUGCGGGAGAUUGAAGAGAAUCAGAAGCGAAUUGAGAAACUGGAGGAAUACAUCACAACUAGCAAGCAGUCCUUGGAGGAGCAAAAGAAACUAGAGGGGGAGCUGACAGAGGAGGUAGAGAUGGCCAAGCGGCGAAUUGAUGAGAUCAAUAAGGAGCUGAACCAGGUGAUGGAGCAACUGGGGGAUGCCCGUAUAGAUCGCCAGGAGAGCAGCCGCCAACAGAGAAAGGCAGAGAUUAUGGAAAGCAUCAAGCGCCUAUACCCUGGCUCUGUGUAUGGCCGCCUCAUUGACCUCUGCCAGCCCACACAAAAGAAGUACCAGAUUGCUGUAACCAAAGUUUUGGGCAAGAACAUGGAUGCCAUUAUUGUGGACUCAGAGAAGACAGGCAGGGACUGUAUUCAGUAUAUCAAGGAGCAACGUGGGGAGCCUGAGACCUUCUUGCCUCUUGACUACCUGGAGGUGAAGCCUACAGAUGAGAAACUCCGGGAGCUGAAGGGGGCCAAACUGGUGAUUGAUGUGAUUCGUUACGAGCCACCUCACAUCAAAAAGGCCCUUCAGUAUGCUUGUGGCAAUGCUCUUGUCUGUGACAAUGUGGAAGAUGCCCGCCGCAUUGCCUUUGGAGGCCAUCAGCGCCACAAGACAGUGGCCCUGGAUGGGACCCUGUUCCAGAAGUCAGGAGUGAUUUCUGGUGGGGCAAGUGACCUGAAGGCCAAGGCACGGCGCUGGGAUGAGAAAGCAGUAGACAAGUUGAAAGAGAAGAAGGAGCGGUUGACAGAGGAACUGAAAGAGCAGAUGAAGGCAAAACGGAAGGAGGCAGAGCUGCGUCAGGUGCAGUCUCAGGCCCAUGGACUGCAGAUGCGGCUCAAAUACUCACAGAGUGACCUAGAACAGACCAAGACACGACAUCUAGCCCUGAAUCUGCAGGAAAAGUCCAAACUGGAGAGCGAGCUAGCCAAUUUUGGGCCUCGCAUCAAUGAUAUCAAGAGGAUCAUCCAGAGCCGAGAGAGGGAAAUGAAAGACUUGAAGGAGAAGAUGAACCAGGUAGAGGAUGAAGUGUUUGAAGAGUUUUGUCGGGAGAUAGGUGUGCGUAACAUCCGGGAGUUUGAAGAAGAAAAGGUGAAGCGACAGAAUGAAAUCGCCAAAAAGCGUUUGGAGUUUGAGAAUCAGAAGACUCGCUUGGGCAUCCAGUUGGAUUUUGAAAAGAACCAACUGAAGGAGGACCAAGAUAAAGUGCAUAUGUGGGAGCAGACAGUGAAAAAGGAUGAAAAUGAGAUAGAAAAGCUCAAGAAGGAGGAGCAAAGACACAUGAAGAUAAUCGAUGAGACCAUGGCCCAACUACAAGACCUGAAGAAUCAGCAUCUGGCCAAGAAGUCGGAGGUGAAUGACAAGAAUCAUGAGAUGGAGGAGAUUCGUAAAAAACUGGGGGGCGCUAACAAGGAAAUGACCCAUUUACAAAAGGAGGUGACAGCCAUUGAGACCAAGCUUGAACAGAAGCGCAGUGAUCGCCACAACCUGCUACAGGCCUGCAAAAUGCAAGACAUCAAGUUGCCACUGUCUAAGGGCACCAUGGACGAUAUUAGUCAGGAAGAGGGUAGCUCCCAGGGGGAGGAUUCAGUGAGUGGUUCCCAGCGAACUUCCAGUAUCUAUGCUCGAGAGGCCCUCAUAGAGAUCGACUAUGGUGACCUAUGUGAGGAUCUGAAGGAUGCCCAGGCCGAGGAGGAGAUCAAGCAGGAGAUGAACACACUGCAACAGAAACUGAAUGAGCAGCAGAGUGUGCUCCAACGUAUUGCUGCUCCCAACAUGAAGGCCAUGGAGAAGCUGGAAAGUGUCCGAGAUAAGUUCCAGGAGACGUCAGAUGAGUUUGAGGCAGCCCGAAAGCGAGCCAAGAAGGCUAAGCAAGCAUUCGAACAGAUCAAGAAGGAGCGUUUUGACCGCUUCAAUGCUUGUUUUGAAUCUGUGGCCACCAACAUCGAUGAGAUCUACAAGGCCCUGUCCCGCAACAGCAGUGCCCAGGCAUUCCUGGGCCCCGAGAACCCUGAGGAGCCGUAUUUGGAUGGCAUCAACUACAACUGCGUGGCUCCUGGCAAACGAUUCCGGCCUAUGGACAAUUUGUCAGGGGGGGAGAAAACGGUGGCAGCUCUGGCCCUACUCUUUGCCAUUCACAGCUACAAGCCAGCCCCCUUCUUCGUCCUGGAUGAGAUCGAUGCUGCCCUGGAUAACACCAACAUUGGCAAGGUGGCAAAUUACAUCAAGGAGCAGUCUACUUGCAAUUUCCAGGCCAUUGUCAUCUCUCUCAAGGAGGAAUUCUACACCAAGGCUGAGAGCCUCAUUGGAGUCUACCCCGAGCAAGGGGACUGUGUGAUCAGCAAAGUCCUGACCUUCGACCUCACCAAGUACCCAGAUGCCAACCCCAACCCCAAUGAGCAGUAGCAGUAGUUCUGUCCUCCCUGUCUGUAUCCCUAAGCUGUCCCUCUCCCAAUCUCCAGAUAUUUGGUUUUCAACCUUCCCUUAACCUCCUGUCCCCAUUUGGUAUAUUCAUGGGAUUCAGGCACUGCUAUCAAGCACGAAGAGGAACAGUGUGAUGUUAGAUCUGGAGCAAAAUUUCCUGAGCUACAGGGAGCAUCCUGGUCUCUGGAAGGUGCUGAGCUGAACUGAGCUGAACAGGGCCAUCUGUUCAUCUUCCUCUUCCCCCAUCUUGGACCUUCCUUCCAUCACCUAUAGUCAUGGGUCCCUUGGGCCCCCUUGCAUUUUUGCUUGUGUGUGGGUAUGCAUGUAUGUCUAUGUGUGCUCAUGUGCGCAUGUGGGUGUGUUUGCAAACUAAUAAAGAUAUUGGAGACCCAUUUUAGAAGACGUCUAGGCGAAUUUGAUUCCAAGAGAGCUUAGUAUGAGUGCACCCCAGAGCUGAGCAAAAAUAUUCAGGACCUCAGAGGAGGGAGACAGUUACAUGAAACUACCCUCAUCCACUCAUUUUGUUUUCAUUCAUGUAUUCCUCACACAAUACUGAACACCCUCUUGCUGGUCAGGCUCUAUGCUAGAAAUACUGAAUCAGGCAUGAUCCCUACCCUCCUGAGGAGAUGCCAUAGGUUUGUGAGUUCCUAUGGUUAGCUGAAUGUCAUGUAUAGACACUUUGAAUUUGAGAAGAGGACGAUCACCUCCAGGCUUCCUGGAGGUCACAUAUGAGGUGGACCUAAACAAAUUGGUAGGAUUUGGUCAGGCACUAGGAACAGAGCCUAAGCUCUGGGGAUAGACAGUUGUCGGUUUUAGUCCCAUUUUUUUUUUACUACCUACUAGUUGUUUGACAUGGGCAAGUCAUUUGACCUUUCUGUGCCUCAGUUUCCUCAUCUGUAAAAUGGGGUUAACAAUAUUACCUACCUCAUAGGAUUUAAUGAUGUCAAGCUCUUCACUGUAGGUCUUAUACCUGCUUGGAGUCCACUAAGUGCUAACCCUCAGAAUAUAAAAACCUUCUCAUGCCUGGACUCCUGAUCCAGUUGUUAGAGAUAAAAGGAACCUCCAAAUCUGGGAGAUGUUGAAUGCCUUGGUUAUUGGGAAACAUUCCAGGGCACUAGUAUGGGGUUUACCUGGUAAGUGGAGGACCUAAGGAAGCUUAUAACUUCAACCAUAUAUCAGGUGCCUGAGCCCCUGAGGAAGUAGGGGAGAGGUAGCCUGAGCCACAAUUUGACUGAAUAUGUGUGAUGUCCCUUUUCGAAACCAACAUACUUAGCUGCAGAGACCACAGAGGCAGCUCAGCCUGCUACAAUGAGGUCAGCCUUUGCUCAUUCUCAUGCACUGUCAGACCAUCACCCUUUCCUGAUAUAUAUACUACAUUUUUAGUGUUUUUUUUUUAAAGUGAUGCAAUUUUAAUUCCCAGUAACACAUGAAUUCAUUCUCUUUUUAAGAAAUCAGAUUGUAACAAAUAAAGCUAGCCUCAUUUGACUACCAUUCCCCCUCCCUUAACUAUUAUCACAUUUGUUGUAUAUCCAUCUCGACUGUAAGACAUUUACAUAUAUAAGUUCAUUGAAAAUACUGUAUGUCUAAAGCAAAUGGUAUAUUGAAUUGUUCUGCAAUUUGCUUUCUUUGCUUAAUGCUUCUGAAAUCUAUGCAUCUUGCUUAAUGUAGAUUGACUCCAUCCAUUAUAAUCACUAUAUAGAUUGCCAUCAUGUGACUCUACCAGGUCUUAACCUACUUCGCUUGUGAUAGACAGUAAAUCUGUCCUCUCACCCAUCCCCCCCAACCCUCUGGCCUACUACCCAGUUCUUGUAUGCAUAAAUAAAUAAAAGAAAAUCUUUAAAAACAAUAAAAAAGAAUUGAGUAUACUCCUACCUUAAUAGCAGUAUAGAUGAAAUUCAAUGUAUUUGAAGCAAUUUGGUUGGCACCUAGAUCAUCACAGGCCCUAAAAGGCAGUGAUUGCUAUUCUGAGGAAACUGAGGUCCAGGAAGGUUAAGAGACCCAGCUACCAGAUAACAGUCAGGAUUUGAACUCAGGCCCUCUGAUUCAGUCUUGUACUUUUACCACUAUAAAGAGUGGUUAUCAACUUUGGUUUUGCACUACAGAAUCACUUGUGAGGUCUUUUUUCUUUUUAAAAAAGCAAUAUAUAUGCAGGUUAAAGAAUAAAAUAGUACAGAACAGCUUAUAAUGAAAAACAGCAGUUCCUGCUGCAUCCCCACAUCCAAAGGAUGUGGAGCGCCUGUGCUGGUCCCACCCCUGGAAAUGUAAUUCAGUAGGUGUGGAUGAUAAUCUGAAUAACUAAUCCCUACCUGACAGGCUGGAAAGGGUUACAUUAGAUGCCAUGGGCUGAUGCCCUGGUACAUAAGAACAUGAGUGCUACAAAAGACUUAAGUCCUGAGGAUGAGAGACGUGAGAUGAUUUGUCUGAGAUUCCAGGGGUUCAGUGCCCGAUCCUAGACUUCAACGAGAAUCUCCUUCAUGCGUAUCCAGUGUUGAGCCUUUGUGCCACACUGUCGAUAGCAUCACAAAGCAAUGCUAGUUCUGUGAAGGCUACUGUCACAGGAGAGCAGACACCAUGGUGUGUUUCCAAGGGCAGGCAGGAUCUGAGUAGAAUCCUCAGCUGUUUUGGAGGACAUUAUCUUGAUGCCCUUACACUCUGGACCAUGUAACCAUGGUCUAAGGAGUCAAAUUGUGUUCCACAGCAGUGUCUGCUGUUAGUUGGGCACGUCACGCUAGGAAACAAGGUGUUGUGUGCCAGGGACAUAAACAUGAGUCAGGUCUUUAUUCUGCUUAUGAGCAGCUCACUGUUUAGAUGGGGAGGUAAUUCAGGAAACAGCUGUUGACUAUAUGAGCCAUCAGUGUUCUGGUAGUCUGGGAUGUGAGUGACACCUGAUCUGAGUCUUGAGGAACUGGUAGAUAUUAGCCAUUUGAAGAAGUGGAAGGAAUCUGCAGGUAGUGGGAGUAGUACCUACAAAGACCUGAAGACAAGAAACAGCAAAGAAAUUCAGAAAUACUGAAGCAUCAGGUUUCAUGGGGUCUGGAAAGGGGGGCAAAAAAAAUGUAGAUGGGAGGUGAUCAGGAACCAGAUUGGAAAAGGGUCCUAAGAGCCUGGCUGCAGAGUUCAGAUUUGCCUCCUGGGGCAGUGUAGUUCCCAAACUGGCUGUGUACCAGAAAGGUGGGACAUCCCAGGCCACAACUUCUAAAAAUUCAAUUACUGCAACUCAGGUUGGGGCCUUAGGCUCUGGAGUGCUUACAAAGGUCAGCAUAUGACUUUAGGGUACAGCUGGGUUUGGGAGCUAGCCAGAGGCAAUGCAGGAGCCACGGAAUGGUCUUAAGCAGAGGAUACUCUGGACCAGAUGUAAAUUUAAUAACCCCCUUUCUAGCCAGUCAGUGUGGGAAUGGAUUAGCUUAGAUCUUACUGCUGUUUUCUCCCAGACCUGUAGUUUCCCUGUUCUACUUCUUACAACGUAUUAUAUUUGCAUGUUUUGUCUCUGAAUAAGCUGUAAGCACUUAUAAGGGUGGGCCUAUAAGGUUAUCUUAUAAGGUAACCUUAUAACCUUAUAAGGUUAUCUUGAUACUGGUAUAUAUAUCCCCAGCAAAAAAGCACGGUGCCUGACAAAACAGGCAGCCAAUAAAUUGUUGAAUGAAUGCACGUAUAUGUGAGGGAGAGAAUGGAGAUAAAGAGAUUAGUUAGGAAACUUGAAAAGACCAGGAGGUCUGCUAUAGGGCGAGGGUAGUAGGAAUGGAUUGCCAGUGAUAAGGUGUGAACUGUUAAAGGAAGAUGAACUGGACAUGGUGAUUGAUUAUUGGAUGUGCAGGGUGACUGAGGAUAGAAUGAAUACCCAUUAAUAGCCAAGAUUCCACCCUAUCCCCAUUUUCCUUUCUCAUCCUUCUGAAUCCAAAUCUUCCAGCCUCAGCAGCUGGAAUUCCUCAAGUGAGUUAAAUGUGUGCUGUGUGGUCUCCCCUUCCCCCAACCAUUGAUUCAUCCAUCCAGUUCAACAAGUCUUGGCUAACUAAGCACCUCCUGUGUAUAGCAAGGCUCUUCCUAGCCAGGAUCUGACUCCCUCUUUCCUACCUCAAGAGAGAUUGUCAAGGGCUUCCCCAGGUUAGAGUCACAUCCCUUAUACAGUAACUUAAAAAUGAGAUGCCCAGAUGUCAGACUUGUAAGGGAACUUACAGACUGUCCAGCCCCCUCCUGAGGCCCUCGGAGGGGAAGAAACUUGCCCAACGUCCCAUUACUAGGAAUAGGAACCUAAGUUCCCUUCCCAUAUCAUCCCUAGAGCCUUGAUCUCUCCCAUCUCAGAUCAGGGCAGAUAGAGGUGGCCAGGAAGACUUAGGUUGAGCCUUGAAGGUCUAUGUACUGGACAGGCCACGCAAGAAGCUUGCCAAUUACACUGCCCCCUUCUGGAAGCCCUCAGCAAACCUUCCAUGCCCACAGUCCUUAGGGGUUUCUUAAGCAUGAGUUGCCAUGCUCUGUACCAUGUGACCUCAAGUCUGACCACCGAUGGUUGGUUUGGGAUAGCAUCUGACUUGAGGACAGCUCUUUAAGCUGGCCAGUGGCCAAUUAGGUGGACUGAUGUAAAACUCCGCCUUGUAGGGUUCAUCUAUCUUGAAUGGCAAAUGUACGAAACAAUCGGAUCCUUUUUCAGGGAGACUGAGGUGUUCAGAAGAAAUGAACAGUUAAUUAGAAUUUGAUGAGGUAGAAGUGGUGGUAAAUGAGGGGUGCUAGGAACUAAGCAGCAAAAACAGGGAGAAAGCUGCAGAAACCAUGAGACGUUUGUAUCAUGAGAUCAUGGGACCACAAGGCAGCAGAAGCCAUGAAACGGCAAGAUAACAAUGGGCCAAAAGGAGACAGAAGCCAUGAAGCAAUGGGAGCCACGAUGUAGCAAAAGCCACAAGGAGCAGAAACCAGGAGACAACCCUGAAUCUGAGAUCCAUGAAGCAGCAGAAGGCUUGAACAGACACGAUCCAUGAGGCAGCAGAAGUAAGCGAUGAGACCGAAAGAGCCACAAGGUAGCUGGAACUACGUGGCAGCAAGGCAACAGGAAUCAAAGCAGCAGGAAUGACAGACACAAAAAAGUGACAAUACAGAAAAGCCCUGGAUAACAGGAACUGAACCCCCAAAAGCCAGGAAGCUGCAGGAGCCAGGAGGCCUUGAAGGCCAUGGACUAGUGAGGAGGCGAGUAGAAAGAAGGGCGUCAAUAGCAAUAGGAGUAUAAAUACAGCCAGAAAGAAGUUGAGUCACCGUUUUGGGGAUGCACUAGAGAAGGGAGCAACAGAUGCCUGCAGCUGAGGGGGUGAUAAGAUAAGCCAGGCUCUAGAGCUGCUUUGGAUCGUGAACCAUUUUCAAGUUUCUGUUCUUCCAUGAGGCUGCCUGUGUAGCUGUUUUUGUCUUCCUUAUUUCCCUGUGAAUGCUUCAAUAAAUCUCCAUCACUAACCUGAGUGUGUCUGUUCCUUGUA